CAAGGUCGUUGUCGUUGCGUUGCUCGCAUACCUUCAACGUUCGCACUACAUUCAGCCUCAGAGAUGCCUCCUGUAUACAAGUUGAUGUCGGUCAAUACCGUUCCAGAGCGCGCCAAGCGCCUCAUCGGGAGAGUAGUCGAGGAUGUGAAGGAUCGAUGGACGAUCCAAUAUAUCGCCAACGCUGAACGGAUCGAGGAGGUCCUACCUACGCUUGAACAAGAGCGACCCGAUAUCAUGUUCGUAGCAUCGAUGUGGACCCCAGAACAACAGCAGGAAAUCGUGUUGAUCGCUGAAGAAGCGAUCCCGGGUAUAAAGACCUUCAAGAUCCCGUCUGGACUCCAGGUAGAGAAAGGACCUGAUGCGGUUGUCGAGCUGAUCAAGGAGAGUCUUCCGUCUAUCCUGGAUGGUCCAGCCAAGGACGCGAACUGAAAUGAGCAUGAUGUGAAUCUCUUCAUGUACAUUUUUAUAG